AUGGCAGAGCCACUAGAGCAGCAGACAAUUGCCCUCAUCGGCCUCGGCACAAUCGGCCUCUCGUUCGCUGCGUUGCAUCUGAGGUACUCGAACGCCAAUCUACGGCUAUAUGACGUACGAGACGACCUUGAGCAUCACAUCUCUACCCUUCUGCCGGUAUAUCUAGAGUCAGUGAAGAAAGAAGCGACAGAGGCCCUCUCUGUUCAGGAACUCAUAUCCACCGGACGGCUGUCGAUAUGCUCUACCAUCGAAGAGGCAUGCUCAAACGCAACUAUUGUUCAAGAGCAAGGUCCCGACAAGAUCGAAUUCAAACAGUCAAACUGGGCCAUUGUCAUCAAAUAUGCGCCUGCAAACGCACAUCUAUGGAGCUCGACAUCUGGUAUCUGCGCUUCCAAGCAAGUCGAGCAUCUCGAGGACAAGACAAGGGUUCUUGUGGUUCAUCCUUUCAACCCGCCGCAUAUCAUGCCAUUGAUCGAGGUGGUGCCGUCUCCCCACACCACACCCGAGAGAAUCCAGUUUGCCAUGGAUUACUUUAAUAGUCUUGGCUCAGGCCAUCGCCCCGUCAAAAUCAACAAAGAAACUCAAGGCUUCGUUGGAAACCGCCUCGCUUUUGCUCUUUUCCGCGAAGCUUGCCACCUCGUUGCCAACGAUGUGGUCUCGGUCGAGGAUUUAGACACCAUCAUGGAAAACAGCCUAGCACCGAGAUGGGCCGUGGCCGGUCCUUUCAAGACAUACAACAGCGCCGGAGGAACUGGCGGUAUAGGAGCAUUUAUGCAUCACUUGGCUGGAACUAUGGAGGCGUGCUGGGGCGAUGUCGGAGAUAUAACCUUUAAAGGAACAUCUGCCGGGGCCUCGGCUCCACGUCCGAGUGUCUCGGCAGAGAGUGAAGACUGGACAGAAAAGGUUUCCAGGCAAACGGAAGAAGCGUAUGGAAUGCCAACUGCGGACUCGCUGGCGGAGAGGGAUCGAAAUCUACAAAAGCUUAUCCAGGCUCAGCCAAGUAAGAGAUAG